UGUUGGUCAACUCGCAUCAUGACAUCAUCAAAGAUCAUCACCUUGUCACCCGUCACUCACUCACUUUCAUUGUGAGUACAGCAAUGUCGUCACACAUCUUUGUAGAAAGGAACAUCACCUGUACUUAUAAAGUCUGCUUGCUGCCCGUUUGAAGGAAACAUCAUUCAGCAAUACAAUCACAAUCACAUUCACGUUUAACCUACAACAACGAACCAACCUCGACAACACCCAACUACAACCACUUAAACAACCCACAACCAACACAAACAACACAUCAAAAAUGUCUUCCCAGCAGUCCACCAACUCCCACGUCGGCCCCAAGACCACCGGCGGCAAGGCCGGCGCCGUCCCCACCCCCGCCAACGCCCAUAUUGGCACUGACAAGCUCGAGACAAAGCCCAAGGCUUUUGACUCUGAAGGUGCUAUUGGCAAGCAGUUCACUGGUAUGUUUUCUUUCUCUUCCCUUUCCAUCCGAUCUUCCCAUCGUAUCUUCCCUCCCCAUCCUCCUCCUCUCCAUAUGUAUUCAGCGCAGCAACUAACCCAAUCCCCCCCUCAAACAGAAACCGGCGCAAUCGGCCAAAUCGGCGAAGCAGUCGGCGGCCCUCUCUCCUCCGGCGGCGUGAUCGGCAAGCAGUUCACCGACCAGGGCGCCAUUGGCGGUUCUAUUCAGGAGGCUCUUGGUGGUAGUAAGCAGAGCGGGCCGGGGAUCUUCAAGUCGAACUAAGUCAGAGAAGAAGGAGAAGGAGAUGAAGAAGGAAAGCAACAGAGGAUGGGAUGGAUGGGGUGAAUGCCAUAAAGGCAUUGUUGUAACGUUAUUAUGAUGAUGACGACUUUAAUGACUAAAUAACCAUUUCGAACAACAAAUUCUUGUUAAAGAUGCUGCUUGUUGUGCUGUCAAGAUAUCGUACAUGGCUGUUGUCUUUGACAUCAGAUGUUAAUU